UCGCAAAUAACGUGACAAUCGAUGACUGAAUGAAUGAUUCAUUGAAUGAUUGAAUGAAAACAAAAUUUUCAAUUGUUUUCCCGUUUUGUGUCGAAAGUGAGGACAAAAAGCAUUGAAGACAUCGAUUGUCCUGUCUUUGGCUGAACCCGUACUCCACUCUCAGACACACAUGUCUUACUCGAACCGUUGGUCGGCUGACGUCGACAUCUCUUCGGUGACGGCUCUCGUCAACCAAUUGUCAAACGAAGAGCUGAGACAACUGGUGAACGACCAGAACUGUCAACAAUUGGAUCAUUUGAUUAAAGACUUACCGCAGUUGCGUUCACUGGAGAGCGAAAGGGAUCGACUGAUUGAGGCCAACAAGUCUUCGGCGGAACUGAAUCUGUCUCGAGAGCCGACGUAUCGCCAGACGCGACAACAGCUGAUCGAUGGCCACAACGAACUCAAAGGCCUGAAGCAAGAGUUGGACGCCAAGAAGUCGCGGCUGUCGGAAGUGUCUCGACAGACAUCGCUGGACACACGGCUGGCACUCAUGCAGGCGGCGGCCGCUGAGGCCGAGGAAGAGUCCGAAGAGAUCGCCACCGCUUUCGUGGAGCAGAAGCUGGACUUCGAUUCAUUCAUCAAAGAGUUUAUCGAUAAACGAAAGUUAUCUCAUUUGCGGCGAAUAAAGACCGACAAAAUGAUGGACUUUAACCGCUCCGCCAGCUCUGCGGCCAAUCUCUACGCCCCUCAACGGCCGGCACCGCCGCCGCCCGCGUCACUGCCUUUCGCCUCGUCGGCCGCCAAUCCACACAAUAUGCCUCCCUAUCCGAUAUACGCGCCCCAAAUGAUGCCAACGCCUCCACAACAGAGUUAUCCCUACAGUCAUCAGGGGUUCAGAUAAUUGCAUAACCAAUACAGAGAUUACAACAAAAAGCAAACAAAAGUAUAACAAGUUUUGGAUAUUUUAUUAUUUAGAGUUCAAUUUUAAACUCGCAUUCAAUUCCUAUAAUAUAUUUCUACACAAAACGAGAUAAUUGUUUAUAAAUAUUGUAUUUAAUGGACAACAAAGAAGUGUUUGUAAAAAGAAAUUUGAUUCUUGUUUUUGAUUCAAUCAAAGGCCGG